AUAACGCUGUUGAAGUUUUGAUGUUCUCAUUUGCACUAGAGCUAGAACGCUAUAGACUGCCUUGGAAACGACACGUAAGCACAGAAAAUGUCUAGCCACAAAAAAAUUCUUUUCCCCGUUGAUGGAAGCGUCCAUAGUGAACGAGCCUUUGACUAGGAUAAAGCGGAAUUUGGAGGUAUGGAGUGUCCGCAAAAGUCGACUGUUCAAACACAGACGUACCCUUAAUCUUCAACGGUACUUGGCGCACUUUAUGCAAGAUAACGAUGAAAUGAUAUUCCUUCACGUCCAUCAUACACUUGAAAACGUACCUCAACAGACGACGCACGAAUCAGAUGAAGAGGCAGAGUGCAGCUACCAUGAUAUGUUAGAAAUAAAACAUGCAGCUGAGAAGAAAUCAAGACCUAUAAUGGAAAGAUUCGAAAAAAAAUGCAUUCAGUCUAAGGUUCGUCACAGAACGAUGGUUGCCUUUGGAAGUCCCAGUAAAGAAAUCUGUCAGACGGCAGCCAAUGAGUGCGUCUCGUGUAUCGUCAUGGGAAACCGAGGUCUUGGUGUGUUCAGACGAUCUGUUUUGGGUAGCGUUAGUGACAGCGUUAUACACAAGUCACGUAUUCCAGUAAUGCUCGUACCUCCAGCUUAGUAASGCAAUGCGAUUGUCACUCGGGUUUGCUACAUACUUUCUACACUGAUAUUUCAAAUCCUUAACAAGGAAUGAAACUUCUAGACCAGGAAUCGCCAGGCCUGUGUCAUUGGCCUAUGAAGACUGGGGUGGAGGAUGAGACAUGAUUUGGUGAGGAAUCUCGACGAACGAAGAUGCCGAGAGGGCGAUUCUGGGAAUUCAAAUAGGAAUUCGAGAAAGUAGAAGAUCCGAAYUCGGCAAUAAUCAUCUCUAUUUUUUAUAUGGCCUGUAUUUAUAAUAUAAACCUUACGUAGAAGUCAUAAUAAUUAUUAAUUAUUGUCACUAAUAUAUUGUUUCUAUUAUCAAUAUUACUACUUAAGUGAACUACUUAAUUAAACCCCCAGACCCCCGUGACAGGCUGGAGAAUUUAACAUUCAUGUAGUGUUAAACUACACUUUGAGCACUUUCCCCCAGUCCCUGGGUAAAGAUUUGCCGUUAAAAUUAUUAAAGUUGUUGCUGUUAAAUUUUGA